GUGCGCGGCAGUGUCGAGAUCCGCUUCGCAUUGGGCCAACCAUUCAAGGUGGACGACUCAUCGGCCACUCUUGGCUCAGUGACACUGGCCGAAGACAGACUGAGCAACGCAUCUUCGAGCAGUCGUGGCCUCGACUCACAGUCACGGUCGCACAUUUCUCAGCAACCCUUGCCCCGGCUGAUGGGCAAGCUGAAGUCGACGUUGGUUUGGCAAUACCACGUUGUUUCUGACUCUGGCUCUCCAGUUCGAGGCCUGCCCAGCCUCACUCCCGGCUACCUGGGCGCCCUGCCUCGCUUCGAUUUGUAUGGCUUGGCCACGGUAUCUCAUUCGGAUCCUUUCAUUCAGGCGAACACAGGCGAGCUCUGUGUUCAAUUAGCCAUGGCCACUCGGCCAAACACAUCGCCGGUGCGCAUCAUGGCCCAGCUGGUGCACGCAAGUAAUGACGUCGCUGAGGACUGUUCACAACAGCUGCUGCAGCAGAUGCGCGAGAACCAGAUCUACUUCUUGAUCCGGUUUCCGCAUCCGGGCUACUUCAAGCUGCAGAUCUACGCGCUUCCGCAACACGAGGUCGGCGACUCGCUGCCUAGCGUCUACAACUACCUGCUCGAGGCGACUCAGGCUCACCGCGGCCGAGUCAGUCUGGCGGCAGUACCGUUUCCAACACAAUUCGCCCAGUGGAAAGAGGGCUGCUAUCUGCACCAGCCGAUCGACGGUCUGCUCACUCGGCCGACGAGUGUUGCCGGCGCGGGGACCAACAACGAUUCGAUCACCUUCGCCGUGACAGUUCCACGCGCCCGCUCCAUGGCUGCUGUGGUCGGCGACGAAUGGACGCAUCUGGAGCUGCAGGGCGAUCGCUGGAACGGUCGGGUGCCAAUGCGGAAACACUGGGGCCGAGAGCCCAGCCUGGCUUUGUGUGCAAACUACCGCGAUUCCGACUCGAACUAUGUGACUCUUUUAGAAUACACACUGGGCAGAUGA